UAAAUUACACACACUUGUAAGUUGUAAGCUUUAUUAUCAAUGGCCGUCAUUCGUCUUUUUCUCUAAUGCUUUUUUUUGCUUAAAAUUAUACCGACAUGGCUCCUAACUAUAGGGAUUUCACUGCCUUUCUUUACUAAAUCUCUUCAUCUUUCUCUUUAUGUUGCUCUUAUGAAAAAGAGUUUGAAUAAUUGAAACAUAAUGCAAACUCUGCAUCUUAAAGAACAUGGUGGGAUUGGGAAUCAACCAAUGGGACAAUUGGCCUCAACUCCACCAUCAUCAUUGCCAACACUGCCAUGGUGUAGUGUCUUAGGAUCUCAUCAAUCUCUUCAUGGAGGGGAGGCUUUUGGUGCUCAAUUGAAGCCCUUUCUAAUGGAACAUCCCUCUAAUGGGGACCAAGUUUUUUCAUCCAAACAACUGAAUAAAGGGAAUACUGCUCAAUUCACUAUUUUCCCAGGUGAUUGCAAAAAUUCAGGGGAUGAGCAAAAUAAACCUCAGGCAGUCACCUCUCUGCAAUCAGAUCCUUCAGAAAACCGUGCUCGCUUUGAACUGGGAUUUGGUCAGCACAUGGCAUGUGCAAAAUAUCCUUACAUGGAUCAAUUAUAUGGGGUUUUCUCAACUUAUGGAGCUCAAAUUUCGGGUCGUGUAAUGCUACCAUUGAACAUGGCAUCUGAAGAGGGACCAAUCUAUGUAAAUGCUAAGCAAUACAAGGGAAUUAUGAGGCGUCGGCAAUCCCGUGCAAAGGCCGUGCUUCAGAAUAAAUUGACUAAAGCUCGAAAGCCAUAUAUGCACUACUCUCGCCACCUACACGCAAUGCGCCGACCAAGGGGAUGCGGUGGCCGUUUCCUGAAUACCCGAGGCUCAGGCUCCGACAAAGACGUCACUGCAACAAGGAAAGCCACUCAAGGACUGAUUUCGAACCGUUCCUGUUCAUCCGAUAGUGGAACCUUGAACUCAUCCAAGGGACCAACACAUUCAGGGGCCUCAGAGGUCACUAGUAUUUAUUCAAGGGGAGACCUUGAUCACCACUUCCUAAUCGAUCAUCUUGGAUUAUCCGUCCACUCUAUCUCAUCGAUGAUCAAUAAUCAACGAGGAGGCACGGUUACUGUUGCAACGGCGGACAACUGUUGCAACCUAAAAGUUUGAUAUCAAUGGAGGGGAAAUUUGUGGGAUUUUGUGCUGCCUUUUUGCACCCAAAAAAACACCGCUUUUCCCUUUUAGCAACCAAUGGAAGUAACUUGGUUUUGCAAUUAGCUGUUAUAAGGUCUUUUGCAAUACAGGUUUUGGUUGCUAGGCAAAUCAUUCUUGGCUCAACUUAAGUAAGCUCUUCUUUACCAAUGGUUGAAGAUGCUGAAACUUUAAUAUAUAUAUAUAUAUAUAUGGAUCAGACUAUAAAAUGGGGUGCUUCCAUUUGAUCCAAUGAUAAGCUUUGAAAGUUUGGUUAUGGUGUUUGUAAUCUUAAAUUUGCAGAAUUUGUGGUGCUUGAUUAUGAAUCAUGUUAUCUACCAUGUGUAUAGUGUGGUGCUGUUGUUGUGAAAAUAAUGUAUUGUAAACUUUAAUAUAA